AUGUUGGUUUGUACGGAGCCCCUAAAGGGACAUGGAGGGUGUGGGGAGGUGGGGCAGGCGGACCAACAGCAAGGCGUGUCCCGCCGGGGCCGACUCCGAGAUGGCGGCGAGGAGGCGUGGACGAAGAGCGAGCAGCAAGGCGGGGUGCGCCGGGAGCGACGCCGCAAUCGAAAUGGACUGCAGGUGCGUGGAUCGGGCAGCUGGGCACAAUUAAUUAACCUCCUCGCACUGAAUAAAAGUGGAGCAGCAGAGGAGGAGGGGGAAGAGGAGGAGACGGAGAGAGACGAAAAGAGACAGACCCAACGAGAGGCGGAUGCGGAGCGAGAGCGCAGGAAAGCCAGAGGGAGACGAAGACGCAGGCGGCUGAAAAGCAGGCGGCGGAGCGAGCAGCAGGUGGAGCCGGAGCUGAAAAGCAACCAGCGAGAGACUUUGAGAUAUUGA